GCCAAUGUGGUUGCUUACAGUGAUCUGGAGAACCAAUCUCAAGUACCUGAGAAGUUAUUUCUAGUUUCAUACUACUCUGUUUAUAAAAUGAAAUUUUAAUCUAGAUGCUGGGAAAGAAGAAAUAUUUUACAAGUUAUCUUUUUCAUGUUAUCUAAUUCUACAGAACAUACUGUAGUUAUUUAUAAAUGUGUAACCACCAGCUGCCUUUUCUCACAGUUUUUUUUUUUCUCUCUCAAAACCACACUGAUAAGCAGCAAACAAGGAACAACCACAGGACGACAUACAUUUGUAAAUAGUUAUUUUCAAAAAGCAGUACUACUAGGAUACAUAAAAAUAAUGAAAAGCCAAUUAAUAGGAUUUCUUAUGAACUUUUGGAUUUCUUCUUCAAUUGCUUUGUAUUUUCAUAGUGGAGAAAGAGAAGAGAAAUGUAUAAUUGAAGACGUUCCCAGUGACACAUUGGUAACUGGGAAUUACAAAGUACAGAAAUGGGAUAUACAUAAACAAGAUUUUCUUGAUUCCGCUCCUGGUUUGGGAAUGUUUGUGACUGUUACAACUCCUUCUGCUGAGGUAGUAUUGUCAAAACUGUAUGGGCCCAAAGCAACAUUUUCUUUUACAUCCUAUCUAUCUGGGGAGCAUAUUAUCUGUUUACAGUCUAACUCCACAAGACUUGUGGCGUUUGCAGGAAGUAGACUGCGUAUCCAUUUGGACAUUAGAGUUGGAGAACAUUUUGUGGAUGAAGCUGUUGUUCGAGCCAAAGACAAAGUGAAUGAAGUUAACUUCAGACUAGAACAUCUAAUUGAGCAAAUUCAUCACGUAUCCAAAGAACAAAACUACGAAAGAGAACGUGAAGAAAAAUUUCGGAAUAUAAGUGAACAGACCAACAGCAAUAUCUUGUGGUGGGCUGUUGCACAAACACUUAUCCUUAUCUCCAUUGGAAUCUGGCAAAUCAAAUCUCUCAGAGAUUUCUUUAUAGCUAAGAAGCUUGUUUAAGUCUUAUGAAGUAAAUGUACACAUACAAUUUUUUUUCAUUAUCUAAUACUUAAAAUUCAAAGAAACCCUGUACCUAUGAACCUAUGUUGAAUAAAAUUCUCAAGCUUCUCUCAUUUUCUAUGCUAUUUCUUCCUUUAACUCUGGUUUCAGCCUCUGGCCUCCCCUUAAAUUUUAAACCUUGAAUCCCAUCUUUUAUUAGUUUCUUUUCUUCUGCAGAUCUAAAGCUAAAUCUAGAAGACUCAAUGACUAAGGCAGCAUUAACUUUAACGCAGGAUUGUUAAAUUUAAAAUAGA